GCGGUAUUUAUCCGCUUUGCAGCUCCCUCCCCUCCAUAACAGACACACAUAAAACCUCCCCAUCUCACCUCUCACAUCCACUCCCCCUUCAACCUUCUCAUCCUCAUCAUGUCGAGCACAGCUACACAAACACAUGAACCCAUUGAGCUCACGACUCUAGAAGGAUGUCACGUUCGCGGUAAAGAACUCGAAGAACAACCUUCUCUUCCACCGGACGAUAUACCCCCGCCGUAUGCGUCAGCGCAGGUUCAACGAUGGAAUUAUCCUAGGGGAAAUGUGGCCAAGCUGGCAUUUGCGUUUUUGUCGUUUAUCAUUGCUGGCAUGAAUGAUGCGGCUGUUGGUGCUUUGAUCCCAUAUCUUGAAACGUACUAUGAUCUCAGCUACACCAUCAUAUCUCUCAUCUUCCUCACUCCUUUUGCAGGAUACUCAGUCGCUGCAUUUACCAAUGCACGCAUUCACAUGAAGUUCGGCCAACGUGGCGUCGCAAUCAUGGCGCCAAUUUGUCAUCUCAUCACUUUUAUCGCGCUGGCUCUUCACCCGCCCUAUCCCGUUCUCGUCGUGUGCAAUAUCAUGAGCGGUUUCGGAAAUGGAUUGACCGAUGCAUGCUUCUGCGCUUGGGUUGGAGCUAUGGACAAAGCGAAUACUGUACAGGGCUUUUUACAUGCUUUUUAUUCGUUUGGCGCUUUGUGUUCGCCGCUUAUUGCGACGAGCAUGGUUGUUUCGGCGGGGUUGCCUUGGUAUACGUUUUACUACGUUAUGAUUGGCAUUUCUGUGGUGGAAUGGGUCGGCCUUACUGUUUCUUUCUGGCAGCAGACUGGCGCGGUGUAUCAGGCUGAGCAUGCGAACAAUUCGGAAGGUAGUGGUGCUGGAACCAGAGAGGCGCUCAAGUCAAAAGUUACGUGGCUUUGCGCUUUGUUCUUCUUUGCAUACAUGGGCGUUGAAGUCGGUCUUGGUGGAUGGGUCGUCACGUUCAUGCUCCGCGUUCGAAAAGCUUCAGCCUACGCCUCAGGUGCAUCCGGAACAGGCUUCUGGGCCGGCAUGGCUCUUGGGCGUGCAUGCCUUGGCUUCGUAACAGAGCGGUUUGGCGAGAGACUCUGUCUUUCCAUCUAUCUCCUCAUUUGCAUCGGUCUUCAACUUCUCUUCUGGCUUGUACCAAAAUUCAUCGUCUCAGCUGUUGCAGUUGCCUUCCUCGGCUUCUUCCUUGGCCCACUGUUCCCUGGAGCUGUCAUGGUGACAGCCAAGCUUCUACCCGCCAAGAUCCACGUGUCGGCUAUUGGUUUCGCCAUGGCAAUUGGUGGUACCGGCGGAACGGUGUUUCCGUUCGCCAUUGGAGCUAUUGCCAACCAUAAGGGUGUUGGAGUGCUGCAGCCCAUCAUCCUUGCGUUGAUCACUGUUGUUGCUGGUGUUUGGUUGAGUUUCCCCAGGAUCAAGAAGAAGGAUUAAAUGCAAGGCGUCCGAGAUGCGGGGCACUGCUAGAAGUUUGCAGCCUAAGUAAUACCUAUGGUUGUUCAGUCAUUGUAUUCUGAACGGACAGUUUCGUAAGCUUAUGGCAUAGUUGAGGCGAGUAGAGAAGCUGAAAAGUGUAUGUUGAGAAGGAAUAUUGUGUACAAACUACAGGGUCUACGAAGAAAGUGUCCGUCGCCAAUACAAACCUGUGACGCAAAAUUGUAAAGACUUUCC